ACAAAUAUUUCGUUAAAAAAAGCCAUAAAUUUUAUUUUUACAAUAAUGAACUACGACGGUGAUAAUAAUUUAUUAGCUAGAUCUUUUAUUUUUUUUAAAAGGUAUAUAAGUCUAUGUUACAUCAUCAUCAUCACAGCCUAUUAAUGUCUCCAUUGCUGGGGCACAGGCCUUCCCUAUGAAUGGAAUAGGGAGAUUGGCCCAUGACCCAAAAUGCGGGUUUAGUGCGGAUUGACGGGUGCUAACGACUGCAGAUGCAGCCGGGACCAACGACAUAA